GGGAAAAAAAAAACACCACCCACCCGGGCACAUAGAUGCCUUCUCGGCUCCCUAUAUUUAGUCUCGUCCAAGGCGGGUCGAGUUAUACUCAGGGCGCAUGCGCUCCCAGUCUCUUUCGUUUCUUCACUUUUUCGCUUUCUUCCGCCGUUUCCUCCACGUCGCGCACGCGCCCCGUCUCUUUUCACAUUAGGGCCGUGUUAAAAGCAGAAUGCACAUGCGCAGUGAGUUAUGGGCCAUUCUGCGCGUGCGCCGAAAGAAGCUCGCCCGCCAUUUUAUGCGUGCCGGGAGCGCUCGCGCGCCCCGCAUAGACGUUACCGUUUUCGGAAAUCUGUUUGUUUGCUUUUUAAAUAUUUUUGCGAGGUUCAUUCCGUAUUGAUUUUUUUUUUUGAGAGCCAAAAUUCUGCGCGAGAAGCCGUUUUUUUUGCUUUCCCCUCCACACAGUCUUCCCCUAUGGCGGCGGAAAAUCAGGCCGGGCUCGCCGCAGAAGCGACGGUUUCCCUCAGCGGUGGCGACUCGGAAAGCUUCGAAGGUGGGAUGACCCGGCGGCGCCUGAGCGACCUGCGGGUGAUCGACCUGCGGGCCGAGCUGAAGCAGCGCAACCUGGACACCGGAGGCAACAAGAGCGUCCUUCUCGAGCGGCUCCGGAAGGCUAUUGAGGAAGAAGGAGGUCACCCCGAUGAGAUUCCAGUGGUGUCAGAAAUAGUCCCCAAGAAAGUGCCAAAAAGAAGCAGUAAAGGGCGGAGGCCCGAGGAAGAAGAAGGAGUAGAGGACAACGGCCUUGAAGAUGAAUCUGGAGAUGGACAGGAGGAUAAUGAAGCAAGUUUGGAUAACUUGCAGGAUAUUGACAUGAUGGAUAUUAGUGUGUUAGAUGAAGCGGUCAUAGAUAACAGCAGUGGUGUAGACUGCCGAGAGGAUAGCAAUGCUGAUAGUAGGCUUGGCUGCCUCUUUGACAGUAAGGAGAGUGCGGAUGCAGAAAGGCGAGGACUUCCAGAGCAGCUGACAGGAGGUGCUCUGGCUAACAUGGAGGCAGCUCUAUCCUUAUCAGACAUGCCAGAAGAAUCCAGAGAAAUACCAGUAGCCAUGGGAGAGACCGAAGAGCCCAGUAGCACAAUGGAUCUAUCAUCUGCUGAUUUUGCAAGCCUGAAGGAGCUUGACGAGUUUCCUUUGGAAUCAGAAAAUGAGAAAGUGCUCGACAUUUUGGGUGACACUUGUAAAUCUGAGCCCCUUAAAGAAGACACUUCCGAAGCUGAGCAGGCGCAGGAAACGAAUAAUUCAUGGCCGGGCAAACAGGAAGCCGUGGAGGAGGAGGAGGAGGAGGAGGAGGAAGAAGAAGAAGAAGGAGAAGAAGAAGACAUGUUGGCUGCCGCCUCUCCCGCCCACUCGGACGAAGACUUUGUAGAAGCGGACAGCCAAUCAGGCCCGGCUGAGGCCAAGAACCAAGAGGAGGACGAUGCAAAGCUCUUAGUGGUAGCGAAAGGGGAGCCGAGCGAGCAGACAGUUGAGGAAGACAAGCCGGACUUGGACUCUUUAGCGGUAGAGAGCAGGAGUGGAGGUGGAGGUGGUGGUGGUGAGAGUAGCAAAGAAGUCCAAACUCUGGAAGCCUGUAGUGAGGAAACCGCGGAAUCGGACACAGGUCCCCAAGUGGUUAGUCCAGAGGCCGUGAAGAUGGAAGUGGAGGCUAAUGUUGAGGAGGAGCCCUCUGCCACUAGAGAGUCCUCUGCCCAAGAGGGUGGUGAUCAGAACACGAGCUCAAAUGAGGAUGCAGAGGCUAAAAGUGCUUCCAAAGAUGAGAAGGGUCGCUCCACUCCUAGCUCUGGUAGAAAUCUGUGGGUCAGUGGUCUUUCCUCUUCAACCAGAGCGACUGAUCUGAAGAACCUGUUUAGCAAAUAUGGCAAGGUGGUAGGUGCAAAAGUAGUCACAAACGCCCGCAGCCCCGGGGCUCGCUGUUACGGCUUCGUCACCAUGUCUUCGUCUGAGGAAGCCACCAAGUGCAUCAGCCACCUCCACAGGACAGAGCUGCACGGGAAGAUGAUUUCUGUGGAAAAAGUGAGUGUUUUCAUGAGGGAUCAAAUCCACCCGCGAAGCCGAGGAAUUGAGCGCACAGUUGUUAUGGAUAAAUCUAAAGGGGAGCCAGUGGUUAGCGUGAAAACCGCAUCCACCUCCAAAGAGAGAAGCACCAAAAGUCAUGACCGCAAGUCGGAGAGCAAAGAGAAACAAGACAUCCUGUCUUUUGAUAAAAUCAAGGAGCAGCGUGAGCGGGAACGCCAGAGGCAACGCGAGCGAGAGGUCCGAGAGACGGAACGGAGGAGGGAACGGGAGCGGAAGGAGCGGGACCAGCACUCGCAGGAGAACCACGAGUCGGACGAAAGGCAGCGGCUCCAAAAGGAGCGGGACCGGCUGCACUUUCAGAGGCAACGGCUGGAGCGGGAGCGGAUGGAGCGGGAACGGCUGGAGCGGGAGCGGAUGCGCAUCGAGCAGGAGCGGCGGAGGGAGCAGGACCGCAUCCACUGGGAGCGGGAGGAGUUACGGCGGCAGCAGGAGCAGCUGCGCUACGAGCAGGACCGCCGUUCGGCCUUGCGGAGACCUUACCACGACGGAAGGCGGGAUGACGGCUACUGGCCGGAACCAAAGCGGAUGGCCAUGGAUGACCGAUACCAUUCGGACUUCAGCCGUCAGGAUCGCUUUCACAGCUUCGACCACAGAGAUCGUAGCCGAUACCAUGACCACUUUGGGGACAGGAGAGAAAGUUCAAGAAUGGUGCCAGACCGAGAUGGACAGCACUAUCCCGACGAGAGGCACGCCCCCCACGAUCGCCAUUCCCGGGAUGGCUGGGCGGGUUACGGGUCAGAGCGGAGGCUGACCAGAGGCCGAGGUUUACCUCCUCAAUCCCGAGAAGGGAGACACUGGGGAGAUCACAGCCGGAAGCUGGAGGGGCAUCAAGAUCGCUCCUGGACAGGGAGUGCAGACAGAGAGAUGGACCAUGAUCGAUGGCAAGGCGGAGAGCGGAAUGUUCCUAGCCAGGCCGGGCCCAGCCACGUAAUGAACAGAGGAGAAAUACCAGGGUGAGUAUCAAUAAAAGAUUCCUUUAUUUCUAUUCCUGUCUCCCUAUUUUUAUCUCACAUCCUGUUCCCCCAAGAAGCCUGCUUGAAGAAAGCUCAUUUCUGCAUG